UUGCGUUCACGGACCGACCAUUUGGUUUUGUCCGCGGAGGCGACGGCGGCGUAACUGCGUGCUGCGUGUGUCUCUCGGGCUCUGCGUCACUGACAUCUCCAAGCAGGUUGUGAUGGCGGAGCUGGACGAAACCGACAUAAUGAUGAACUACCCCGGGGAUUUCUUAAAGACCGACAGAAAAACCUGCCGCUACCCCUACUGCAUCGUCUGGACACCUAUUCCUAUUCUGACGUGGGUGCUCCCCUUCAUUGGUCACAUGGGUAUAUGCACUUCUGCUGGAGUCAUACGGGAUUUUGCAGGAUCGUACUUUGUCUCAGAGGACAGCAUGGGAUUUGGCAGACCAACAAAAUACUGGAAGCUUGACGUGGACAAAGUCUGUGGAAAUGGUUCAGCUACCUGGGACAAAGCAGUGCACGACGCAUCAGAGGAAUACAAAUGCAGGCCGCACAAUCUGUGCUUUGAUAACUGCUACUGCCACGUUGCCAUGGCCCUCAACCUGAUGCGCUACGACAACAGCACCUCGUGGAACAUGGUGAACCUGGGUGUGCUGUCUCUCAUUCACGGCAAAUAUGUGAGCUGGGCCGCGUUCCUCAAGACCUGGCUGCCCUUUUUCAUGCUCAGCGGGGUCCUCGCCACGGUCAUCCUAACAUUCAACCUGCAGUAAUGCAGCACGACGAGAUGACAAGACGUAUCACAGACUUUGGUCAUACAUUGAAUGAUGCGCUCUGAUGGGACAUUUGUCAGUACAAAAAUAAUCCACUCGUGUCGUAAUUUCUAGCGAUCCAGCCUAUAGGAGGUGAUUUAGGGCUAAAGUGUGUGGCUAGUUUUGAAAUACAUGAUUACUUUUGUGUGUAAAUAGUGUGUUUCGUUUCAUUCAGGUAUACGUCAGUAUCUGUAAAUCACCUCUUCAGAUAGUGUUCUUCACACAUUGUGGGUCUGUGUGAUACUGAUAUAUAUGUGUGUUCGUCACAAAGGAGGACGAUCUCCUCCAGGUCGCACCAAGGUGGAGUCAUGCCUUUGAGUUGCGGAGAUGUUUUUUUCAUGAAGGACAGUGAUGAAUGUGUCUUACAGACCGGCUAAUGUACAUUUCAGUGACGAAUCGCUACAAAAUGGAUUGCGAGAUCUUAUUGCCGAACGUGUUCAUCAAUUAUUUGUCCAAGAGAUAUGAGCCGCUACCAAAGAUAGAAAGAACCAUGUGUGGAAAAAAUGAAUCCAUUUUCCUGUGAUGCGUAAAAACCGACAUUUUGUUAUUAUUUUAUUAUUAGUGCAGUAUAUUGUUGUUGUUAUUUGUUCCAGACAGAAAUUAAAUUAUUUCCAACUUUG